GGGCGGCUGCAGAGCGAGCCGGCUCCGGAGCGAGCGCACGCGGCGCACGGGACGCCCCCUCCCCGUCGCCGUCGCCGGUGACGGUGCCGGUGCCGGUGCGCUGCUGCCACCACCGCGGGUCGUCGCACCCUCUUCCUCUUCUUCCUGCCGCCGCCACCUCGUCCACCUCUGCCGUCCCGCAGGACAGGCGGUGCUCGGGCCCCCUCACCCCGCCCCCUCUCCGGGGGAAGCCCUGGCCCUGCGGGCCGGGGGAUGGAGCUGGGGCGCGCGGGGAGGAGGCGGCUGCUUCCCGCGGGCCACUGAGCGGCCAUGAAGACCCUCAUCGCCGCCUACUCUGGGGUCCUGCGAGGCACUGGCUCUAGCAUCCUCUCUGCACUGCAGGACCUGUUCUCCAUCCCCUGGCUAAACAAAUCUAAGGUCGAGAAACAGCUUCAGGUCAUCUCUGUGCUACAAUGGGUCCUUUCCUUCCUUGUCUUGGGAAUUACAUGCAGCCUCAUCUUCAUGUAUAUAUUCUGCACAGACUGUUGGCUGAUUUCAGUACUGUAUUUCACGUGGCUGAUCUUUGACUGGAACACCCCAAAGAAAGGUGGCAGGAGAUCAAAGUGGGUGAGAAAUUGGGCUGUAUGGCGGUAUUUCCGAGAUUAUUUUCCCAUCCGGCUGGUGAAGACUCACAACUUGCUGACAACCCGGAAUUACAUCUUUGGGUAUCACCCCCAUGGUAUCAUGGGCCUGGGGGCCUUCUGCAACUUCAGCACUGAGGCCACAGAGGUUGGAAAGAAAUUUCCUGGGAUCCGGCCUUAUCUGGCAACUUUAGCUGGGAACUUCAGGGUCCCUGUGUUAAGAGAAUAUUUAAUGUCUGGAGGUAUCUGCCCUGUCAACCGUGACACCAUCGACUAUCUGCUUUCCAAGAAUGGGAGCGGCAAUGCAAUCAUCAUCGUGGUGGGGGGUGCUGCCGAGUCCCUGAAUUCCACACCAGGAAAGAAUGCUGUCACUCUGAAGAACCGGAAAGGCUUUGUGAAGCUAGCCCUGAGACACGGGGCUGACUUGGUUCCCAUCUAUUCCUUUGGGGAGAAUGAGGUUUACAAACAAAUAAUCUUUGAAGAAGGUUCAUGGGGCCGAUGGGUCCAGAAGAAGUUCCAGAAAUACAUUGGCUUUGCUCCCUGCCUUUUCCAUGGUCGGGGCUUCUUCUCCUCCAAUACUUGGGGCCUAGUGCCGUACUCUAAACCCAUCACUACAGUUGUGGGCGAGCCCAUCACUAUCCCCAAACUUGAGCACCCAAGCCAGAAGGACAUCGACCUAUACCAUGGCAUGUACAUGGAGUCCCUGGUGAAACUCUUUGACAAGCACAAAACUAAGUUUGGUCUUCCUGAGACAGAAGUUCUGGAAGUGAACUGAGUGGACUGGGCUGGUGGCAGGCAGCCAGCGGCCUCCCCCUUGGGGGAAGAGUCAGUCUCAAAUCAUUUUUCUACCAAGUUCUCAAGUGCUUUUUGUUCUGUAAAUUUGGAAGCCUCAUGGGUGUCUGUGGGUUAUUUUAAAAAAAUUAUAAUAACAAAAUAAUAAUUUUGUUAAAAUAUUACAAUGUUAGGUCUUUUUUAAGGGAAAAAAAGUGAAUGUAUCCAAACUCUCUUGCUUCUAGUCCAUCCCACUCUUAAGAGCUGAUUUUUUUCUGGCUUCUCCCCACAUUUCUCAACCUGAUCUCUCGUUCCAUAAUCAAAAACCAAAAAAAGCUACCUUCCUAUAUUUAAUUGACGAUUUAAUUGACCUUCCUAAUAAUGACGAGGAGACCAGGAAUGUAUUUGAAAGCAUCCUGCAUGUGAAGUUAGAGGAAGCUGGAUUCAAAUCCAAGCUCUGCAAUAUACUUCCUGUCUUAUCUUCCUCAUCUAUUAAAAUGUUGGGGUUAGACCAGAUAAGAUCUAGCAUCAUUCCUAGCCUGAGGAUCUUAUAAUCCUGUAAGCUUCACUGGAGACCCUAGAGAAACAAUUUUGCAGUUCCACCACAUUCUUUUUGCCCUGUCCCCAGCCCUAGUGGAUUCACAUUAAUGUGGACUUGUCUCCCAACAACAUGACAGUCCCAACUAAGGAUGAGAUAGUAGUAGGGACUGUCAUGUUGUUGGGGGACAAGUCCACGUGAAAGUGAUGACCCUCUAAUGCUAUUGAGCUGCCACUGACCCUGACCUAUAUUAAACAAGUGGGGUGGCCCUUUGUGUAAUUUCAUUCAACAGAGAACUACCUUUCCAAGCUAGAGAUGGUAACGUGUAAAUGAGGAAGUCACUGAUGUUUUAUCUCCCCUUGUUGGUUUAGGGGAGUGGGACUGGAAGGGGCCUGAAAACUACCAUUUACUUUUUGAGAUUUUUUGCAUAGUCCCCAACUUCCCUCCACCUUCAACUCUUUCUCUCACACAUAGACUUGUGGGAACAUAGCCCAUUGAUGCUAUCCUCCCUCCUUCCCACCCCACAUUCCCUUUUGUUAAAUAUUUCUCUUUCAACUCUGGAUGUCACAGGUAACCGGGCCUGGCAUGAAAUGCUCCUAACUUACGGCAUGGGUGACCCUGGCCUUAUCAUUCCACAGAUUUAGGCCUCAGUUUCCACUUCAUUAAGCAGAAGAUGGGAACAGAAAUACAAUACUGGGGCUUGUGGGCUCCUUCUUGGCUGGGGAAAUGCAGGUCAGCUUUCAUAACAGGAGAAUGACCUGUGUGGCCUGAGUGAAAUGAGGCUCCAUACAGAACCAACCCCUGGGCCCAAGCCAUACCUUUGAUAACAGCUAAAAGUUUAUGAAAGGAAGAGUUUGACCUCAGAGUGUUCCUUCAUCCAGGGCCUGACAAGUGGUGCCGCUUACCUGAAGGCCAAACCUCACAUAUAUGUCAUUAGCUAUAUGCGUGACCUUGGGCAAGUCACCUCCCUUGGGCCUCAUUUUCCUGCUAUAUAAUGAGGUCUAUGGAUUAUUUAACCUCUAAGUUCUCUUCCAGUGUCAAUCCAUAUGAUCCUCUCAUCUAUGUGCCUUUGCAGAGCAGGGGGACCAGAAAUGCCUUCUCAUAUCCCAGCAUCUUAUGGCAAAAUGAGCCUGUAUGUAUAUGUUCUCUCUUCAUAUUUCUCAAAUCAUUGUGCCAUAUCAAAACUUUUGUACAAAUUUAUAAAAAUAAACUUUAUUUGGGACUUGUA